UAUGUGAUGAUUUAUAUUAUAUGUAUAAUUGAGUAGUUUAUAUUGUUUUUUGGUGGUGGUGGUGGGGUAAAAAAGAUGGCGGAGAUAUGUUGUGUGAGUAGUGAAAACGAGGCCUCGCCGAACUGCGAAAAGAAUUCGCAGUCGGCGAGGCGAAAACGGAUGGAACUUCGACGUGUGAAGUUCUCUCCGUCUCUUGAAAUAGAGAACGGGGUGAAGCAGGCGAGACUGACGUCAAUUAUCUCGCCUGCUUCUUUCUCCGGUUUCGAUUCUGAAUCGAAACUGAAAAGUGUUGGUAAUAAUGAUGCGGUUGAAAAUUCACCUUUAGUUGGUACUGUUUUAAGACCUUUCGGGUCGGUUGUUUCUCUUGAAUCUCAAACGUUACCGAAAUUCGGUGUCGCUUCGGUUUGUGGAAGAAGGAGAGAUAUGGAAGAUGCUGUUGCUAUUCAUCCUUCUUUUUUAACAACAGAUUUUGAUGAUCAUGCUUCUAAUUUGCAUUAUUUUGGCGUGUAUGAUGGUCACGGUUGUUCUCAUGUGGCAACAAGGUGUAAGGAUAGAUUACAUUUAUUGGUGAAAGAAGAAAUGAACAAAACAGUUGAGACAUUAGAAUGGACUAAAACAAUGGAAGAAAGCUUUAGUAAAAUGGACAAGGAAGUAAUUGAUUGGAACCAUGGUACGGCUGGUGGAAAUAAUUGCCGGUGUGAGCUUCAGGCUCCGGAGUCUGACGCAGUUGGAUCAACCGCAGUUGUUGCCAUCAUCACUCCUGAUAAAAUUAUAGUCGCCAACUGUGGCGACUCAAGGGCAGUGCUUUGCCGAAAUGGUAAAGCAGUGCCCUUGUCAAACGAUCACAAGCCGGAUCGUCCAGACGAGCUAAACCGGAUCCAGGCGGCUGGUGGGCGAGUUAUAUAUUGGGAAGGGGCAAGAGUUCUUGGAGUUCUAGCCAUGUCAAGAGCCAUCGGUGAUAACUACUUGAAACCUUAUGUGUGCUGUGAGCCGGAGGUGACGAUUACAGACAGGACAUCAGAGGAUGAGUGUUUGAUAAUUGCAAGCGACGGAUUAUGGGACGUGGUGUCAAAUGACACAGCUUGUGGAGUGGCAAGGAUGUGUUUGAAAGGGAAGAAACCAUCCACAAACAUGAUGAAUGCAGUGCAAAACGAAGAGCCUGGGUCGGAAAAUUGGGAUAAAGCGUGUUCUGAUGCCUCGAUGUUGCUAACGAAGUUGGCAUUGGCACGGCGAAGCGCGGAUAAUGUGAGCGUGGUGGUUAUUGAUUUGAGGAAGAAAUGAAAAUGCUCGAUCAUUACUAUUAGUCAACGCUUUUAGACUUUUGGACCUGAAAACGGCAAAAGGAAAAGUUUGGGGGAUAGAAAUGAAAUUUUCUUUUCCAUCAUUUAAGUUUAGAUGAUUGUAAUUAUUUUAAUCAAUUAAUUGGUGGUGCUUUCUUA